AUGUCAACAAAUAAUAAUCAAAAUGAUGGUGAUAGCAACAUGGAUACUAAUGAUUGUAUAGGUCCAUCACAAAAUAAUCAACAUUAUACCCAAAAUCCAUUUUCUCCACCAAAAAACCAGAACUAUAAAAACGAAAAUAACCAUCCAAACUCAUCAUAUAAAUCAAACACAAGUUUUCAAAAUUUUAUUUUAAAAAAUAUUAUUAAGAAUAAUGAACCAAUCCUUUUUUUUGAACCACCAACCACACCACAUCACAACAUAACCACUCUAAUCCAAAACUACACUAGUGCGUCUAAGGUAAACCAAACCAAAGACAAAAUCAUCGCAACAUUCACAAAUUAUUUGUCAAGAAACAUUUUCCUAAAAAAUCAUUCAGAACAAAACAUUAUUAAAAUCAACAUCGAAAAAGAAAUAUUAGAACUAAAAUUCACAAUUCCAGAACCAUUUGGCUUACAACCAAAUAAUAUAUCACUUUAUAUUGAUUUUGAUGCAAUAUUAUCACAAUCAUUAUUCAAAAAAAUCAAUACAACAACAUUCAAACUCAUCACCACAAUAAACAAUAUUCAAACUGAUAAAUUCGACCAAUCGGUCAUUAUCAAUCAUCUAUCAUUAAAAUUUAAUUCAUGUUUGGAAAGAUCAUUAUUCCUUUUCCACAACAAUUGCCAAAUAAAUACUAGUUCAUCAGAUCUUCCAUAUUACAAAUCAAUAACAAUUCCAAAAAAAGAAUUCCAAUUGUCAUAUGGUGUAUCAACACCCCAACACAAUAAUAUGGAUUUAAUAUUGCCAUUGUUUAACAAAAUCACAACAAUAAUUCCAAACUCUAACUGUGACAGAUUUUUCACAAAAAACAACAACCACUACUUUACAUUAAGAUCAACAUAUUUAAAUCUUGGUCCAUCACUAAAAAACUUAAAACAAAACACCAUAAACUUAGAAGAAUGUACAAUUAAAAUUGAAUCAAUCAUCUACACAAUUGACCAACAUGUUUUAUUAAACAAAUUCUCAAUUUACAAUAAAACAAUUGACCCAAGAAAACAUAUAAAACUAGAUUUAUGGUUGUCUCAUGUUGGUACCAUUAAAUUAAAUGAUGAAAUUAUAUCUUUAAUUUCAUCAGAUCCUGCUACUAAUAUCAAACCAACAAUAAUACCUAUCACUUUAUUAACCACCAAUGAAAUAAAUAAAUUAUUUGAAAAGGAAUGCUCACCUUUAUUAAAGAGUUUAAUCAAUCAAAUCCAAUCACAACCUCAGUCAAAAUUUAGAGCCAACAUCAUAUGUAACUACACAGAUAUUGAAGAUUUUCUACAUAUUGUAAAAUGCUCAACGUACACCAAUAAUAAAAUAUCAGAUUUAAUAGUUGAAUAUUUUAAUUUAUUAAAAAAAUUCAAUAAAAAAUCAAAACACGAUAUUAAAGAUUUUGAUAUCAUUAUGCAAUAUGAACAAUCAAACAACAACCAAAACAAAAAAAGAUAUCGUACAAAUAACAAUGGAAGAGAAUAA